AUCCAAAAAAUAUCGGAUGGUUGGUGAAGUCGCCCUACUGUGUGUGCUUUUUCAAUAAGAACCGACUUCCCCACAUCAGUAGCCCUACUCUGUGUGCUUUUUAGGUGAAGAAACCAAAGUAACAAUCUUCUGUCUAAAAUAUGGAUUCAGAUUACGGUGUUCCACGAGAGCUUUCUGAUCUGCAGAAGAAUCGAUCUCUCUACACACCGGAGCUUCCUCCGUGCCUUCAGGGAACUACUGUGAGGGUAGAAUUUGGUGAUGCAACUGCUGCAGCAGAUCCUGCUGGCGCUCACGCGAUUGCCCGAUCAUUUCCUCACACUUAUGGUCAACCUUUGGUUCAUUUUUUCAGAGAAAAAUCUAAACCAGUCAAUGCUCAGACCAUUAGUGAACAUCUUGCAGUAAGGGUUGGAUUGGUUUUCUGUGGUAGACAAUCUCCUGGAGGACAUAAUGUUGUAUGGGGACUUCAUGAAGCUCUAAAAAUUCACAACCCUAAAAGUGUUCUGCUUGGAUUUCUCGGUGGAUCUGACGGUUUAUUUGCUCAAAAAACCCUAGAGAUCACAGAUGAUGUUCUUGCAACCUACAAAAAUCAAGGUGGUUAUGAUUUAUUGGGACGAACCAAGGAUCAAAUCAGAACCAUAGAACAAGUAAAUUCUGCAAUGGAAGCAUGCAAGGCUUUGAAGUUGGAUGCCUUAGUGAUUGUUGGAGGGGUAACAUCUAACACAGAUGCUGCUCAGCUUGCUGAGACUUUUGCAGAAGCAAAAUGCUCAACAAAGGUGGUUGGAGUACCUGUGACCUUGAACGGUGAUCUUAAAAACCAGUUUGUUGAAGCAAAUGUUGGUUUUGAUACUAUCUGCAAGGUGAACUCUCAACUCAUCAGUAACGUCUGCACUGAUGCUCUUUCUGCUGAAAAGUAUUACUAUUUUAUCCGGCUCAUGGGUAGGAAAGCAUCCCAUGUUGCUGUGGAAUGCACACUUCAGUCACAUCCUAACAUGGUUAUCCUUGCUGAAGAAGUUGCUGCUUCAAAGCUUACCAUUUUUGACAUAACCAAACAGAUUUGUGAUGCCGUGCAAGCCAGGGCAGAGCAAGACAAGAAUCAUGGUGUCAUUCUACUUCCAGAAGGGCUUAUAGAAAGCAUCCCUGAAGUUUAUGCACUGUUACAGGAAAUUCAUAGUCUUCUUCGACAAGGUGUUUCGGCUGACAAUAUAUCCACACAACUGUCACCUUGGGCAUCCGCCUUGUUUGAAUUCAUGCCUCCUUUUAUUAGGAAACAGCUUCUUCUUCAUCCUGAGUCAGAUGACUCUGCCCAGCUGUCUCAGAUCGAAACCGAGAAGCUUCUUGCUGAACUUGUGGAAGCAGAAAUUAACAAGCGACUGAAAGAAGGAACAUACAAGGGGAAGAAAUUUAAUGCCAUCUGCCACUUUUUUGGCUACCAAGCACGUGGUUCUUUGCCAUCAAAAUUUGAUUGUGACUAUGCCUAUGUUCUUGGACAUAUUUGUUACCAUAUUUUGGCUGCUGGUUUAAAUGGUUAUAUGGCCACUGUCACCAACCUCAAAAGCCCUUCAAACAAAUGGCGCUGUGGUGCAGCUCCAAUAACGGCUAUGAUGACUGUCAAGCAUUAUGGUCGCGGGUCAGGGUCAGGGGCUACAACCCUUGGGAAACCUUUUGUUCAUCCUGCUGCCGUAGAUUUGAGAGGCAAAGUAUACGAGCUGCUUAGACAAAAUGCAACAAGAUUCUUGCUGGAUGAUGUCUACAGAAACCCCGGCCCCCUUCAGUUUGACGGUCCAGGUGCCGAUUCCAAAGCUGUCAGCUUGUGUGUAGAGGACUUGGAUUACAUGGGUCGCAUCAAGGAAUUGAAUGACUAUCUUGACAAGGUAAGAACAAUUGUGAAACCAGGUUGUUCACAGGAUGUUCUAAAAGCUGCUUUGAGUGCCAUGUCAUCUGUGACGGACAUUCUUUCUGUCAUGACCUCACAACGCCUCGACUAAUCAAUACUCCAUGUAGCUUGCUGAUCUGGCAAAAUCAAACUCUUUGGUGCUUCCUCAACUCAAUGCUCAAGACACUUUCUGAUUUUCCUUCAUUUUCUUGAUUUUGUGAUGAGUUUCUUUUUUAUUAUUUGAAGGCGAACAAUGAGAUUUCAGUUAAUCAUCAUUACGUUUGUUUUGGUUUUCGGGUCUUGUUUGUGGAAGCUUUAUAAUGAGAAAUAAUGCUUGACAUUUUGUCGAAUCUUUA